UGCAUUUCCCCUGGCAGUUCCGGUGUCGUCAUUGCGUCGGAGGGGAAAAAGAGUGAGUUUGAGUGAAAACGGUGUCACUCAUCUGAUCGAACUGUUGUGAUUUUUUCCUGCCAGUCACACAGCCUGAAGCCUGUAGAAGAUUUUAUGACAAAUACACACGCCAAACCCAGGAUGACCAAAGUUUGACGUGACGUGAAUUUUGUUUUUUUGGGAAUAAUAACUAACCCAAAGUGAUUUGUCUGCUUGAAUUGUUUUAUUCUUACAAACUGUCGCAAUGCCCCCGAUAAGGAAAACGAGGAAGCCUGAUAUUAAGAUGGUCAUUCUGGGGGACAUGAAUGUUGGGAAAACGUCUCUUCUCCACAGAUACACGGAGAGGAGUUUUAAAGACACGCUAAGCACAGUCGGAGGAGCUUUCUUCCUCAAGCAGUGGGGACCCUAUAACAUCUCCAUUUGGGACACGGCAGGUCGUGAGCAGUUCCAUGGCCUGGGCUCCAUGUACUGCCGUGGUGCAGCGGCCAUCAUCCUGACAUAUGAUGUGACCAGCUGGCAGAGCUUGAUGCAGCUUGAGGAACGGUUCCUGACGCUUACAGACUCUGCCAACAGUGACUGUGUUUUCGCCGUUGUAGGCAACAAGGCUGACCUGACUGACCCAUGUGCCCAGGGUACGACCACUGAGGACACUCCAGCAGGCCCCACCCCCCCACACACACCUACUGUGCACAAGCAGGUGGCACGGGAGGAUGCUAUGGCGCUCUAUAACCGCAUAAUUCGUUACAAGGUCCUCGAUGCACACACACUCCCGAGUGCUGAGGAUAUGUGCUUCGAGACAAGUGCAAAAACAGGCUACAAUGUAGAUGCGGUGUUUGAGACACUGUUUGAGCUGCUGCUGCCAUUAAUUAUCAGAAAGCAGACGCAAACACAGACAGAUUCAGCUACCGUAUGUUUGGACGACUGUAAGGAAGAAGAGAAGAAGAAAAAUGAAUGUUGUGUGUGAAGAACAGUGUUAUUAGACUCUAUAAAAUUUAUUUUGUUAGUCAUCAAGGCUUCUAUGAAUAAUUAAUAGUAUAAAAUCAAAUGACGACUUAUUAAAUACAUUUUGAAGACAGAAAGUCUUUUAAGAUUAUAACCAAACCCCGGCUGCUUUGACCUCAUGCUGCUACAGUAUAGCUUGGCCAAAAUUACAUGAAAACCAUGACAACUGACCUCAGUCCCACACCUGUUGUCAGUUAUAGUAGUUUGUGUUUUUAUCAGGUGGAUCACUAUUUUCUGACUAAUACGCUUGAGAACUUUGAUUCUUUGGGGAAGUUGAAACCUUAAAGACGUGUGUGAGGAAGAUAUCGUAGGAGCCACUGUAGAUACUUGCUUUAGCUUGGUCUCUUUACAUUGAUUGACAGUAUUGUCAUCGAGGGACUUAACACUGCUGACCUUAGAUCAGGCUGAAAGGUCCACAGUCUUUUAUGUUAUUCUGGUUUUUGUCAAGACAACUCUGUUAACUUUAAUAUGUACUGAUAAGUUUGUUCUUUACCCACUCAGCCUCAUUUGAUCAUACUCUGCAGCAGGUUCUACAGUGGCAUGUACAGGCUUGGAUGGGUGCAAAACGCUUAUGGUGUACACAAAUCUUAUUGUAAACCUUUUCCCUUAAUAUUCAUGUGUUAACCCUUGAAUUUCUCUCUUUUAUACCAUUUUAUUUCAUGAAUUAUACUGUGAACACAAUUGAAAAUGAUUUUACAUAUUUGCAAACUGAUUGUAAUAUAAAUUAAAAUAAAGGCUAGUUAAAUUAUUUUUACUUAAGUUGGAA